CUUACGUUGAAACUAAUAGCUACUUAUUUGUACUAAAUAUAGAAUUCCAAAAAUGAUCGUUCUUAGCAGAGUUACUACUUGCAAGACCCAAACAAUAUUUUAUCUAAUUGAUAAAUGACAAUCUCUGAUCAAGAUCUGUAGUUGCUACUGGAUUUGAAUCAAAAUGCAUCCGAUCAGGCCGGAAUGCCAUCCUAGGCCAAUGCUACCCACUUUCCCUGUGGGAUCUCGUUUUUCACAGCCAGCUGCAAUGAUGACGGGCCCCAACAUGUACAAUGUACAACAGCAAAUCAGACCACCGGUACACCUCAAUAGCUUUCAUAAUCAUAAUCAGCAACAACUGUCGCAUCAAUGGCCUGUGCAAAACAUCCUCGGCCCACAUCCUCAACAAAUGAUGAGGGCGCCAUCAGGGAUGAUGAUGACACCUGGGGCCCCUCAGAUGGUACCUGUUGGAUUUAUGAAUGGAGAAAUUUUGUUUGAGCAGGUACAUCCUUUGAUGUCUGCAGCUCCUCCCCAAAACCUCUUCACAACAAUUAAUACGAGGAAGACUGAACACGUGCGGGAGCGGCCAUACAUAAAGAAGCCACCAAAUGCCUUUAUGUUGUUCGCAAAUAAGUACAGAGAAGUGGUCACCAUGCAAUUGGAAAAGAGAGACAGUGCAUCUGUUCAUGUGGCCCUUGGAAAAAUGAGCAGAUGUUCUGGAUCCUGGACAGAAACUACAAGAUGGUUCCAAAGGACAGGAGCCCAAUAUCUGAAGGAUUAUACUUUAAAGAUUCUAGGAACUCCAAUGGAAGUUGCUACCGCAGGCAGACAGGGACAAAUAUUACGAAGAAGCUGAUGCUCAGAAACGACGACAUGCUCAGCUGUAUCCUCGCUGGUCCACCUGUGAAAACUAUGGGAAACGCAGGAAGCGGCGGAAAAGUAAAGUUCACGCCAGUGUUUCAAAAGAUACACCAGAUACUGAAGGUCCUCACACCAAUAGUAUGUGCCUUUCAACAGUACAGAAAGACAUAAUGGUAUAUGAAGAAUUGGACUCUUCUUCAGAAACAAUGCAUUACAACUCCCAGCCUCCUUCUGCACUCGAGUCAGAAGAGUCUGUGGAAGCACUAAUUGAGGAAAAGAAAUUCACGCAGAUGCCGUGUGUCAAAAAUGAACUUUCAAUUACUCCAGAUGCACAGACUCAGGGAGAAACGCUUGAGAAUGACCACACACUGAAUCUCCUAGAUUGUAUGCUACUUUCGCCUGCUUCUCAGAUUGAGCUUCAGAGUGUUGAAGAUGGGUUCCAAUUGUUACUGGAGCAUUUUGAGCCUCAAGGGCUCCCGUUACAUACAGAGGCUGAGGAGUACACAAAGCCUAUGAGUUUAGGGGAAUCACAGCAGCUAAUCAUCAAGUUGUUUGAAGGUCCUGCGCUGACAGGGAAUCUAAAGGUAGAGACUCAUUUGGACCUGGCUGUGCAGGGUCACACAGUAACAGCAGGCCCCUCUAAGCCUCCGAAUAAACCGAUCCAAUUAGCACUGGAGCACCUUGAGACAACAUCUUCCAUUGCUGAGA